AUGGAGCUUCAAUUUGAAAAUGGUGUUCAAGCCGCCGCAGACGAGGGAGAAAAGAAGAAACUGACCCAGGAAAAUGAGGCCCUUAAAGCUCAGAUCAGAAAGAUGAAAAUAGUUGCUAAUAACCCGAAAAGAAGUCGGGCUGAUGAAAGACUUAUAAGUGGUCUAAAUAAGAAAAUCCUCGAGUGCCAAGAAGACCUGGAAAAGUCUGAAGACAGUCUAGCAAAAAUCCGGGCACAAUGGACAACGAAUGCAGAAGAACGGGCACGAUUUGUGCAGCAAAUGAAGAGGAACUAUGAAGGGACCAUCACUAGUCUAAGAAGAAAGGUAACUACUCUUGAAGAUGAGGCAGCCAAACAGGCUAAAGAUUUCAAAGCUGAUAGGGAGCACUGUUAUGCUCUGAUGGCUCGAAUGGAGGAAGAAAUACAGAACCUGCAAAAUCAGCACCUUCAUGACUCCCAAGUGUUGGAAGCCCGGAACCAGCAUAUAGGGCGGUUGCUUCAGGAAAAAGGCAGAAUUAGAGAAAGGAUCAGAACCAUCGCUGACUACAUUACCAUGAAGUGCCAAGCGUGCGAGGACAUGACUCGUUCCACCUUUUUUGCUGCAGUAAUGACUUUCGUCCGCUAA